CGGAAAUUGGCGCGGAAAAUUCCCUCUAUUUCAGUUUUCGCUUCUCUACCGGCCAUAGUCCUUUGUCAUCGUGUUGUGUAUUUUUCAAUUAUUUUAACUGUUUAUUAAGUACAAAUAAAUCCAAAAUGUUUGAAGCACGUUUAGUUCAAAGUGCCACCUUCAAAAAAGUAUUAGACGCAAUCAAAGAUCUUCUAAAUGAAGCAUCCUUCGAUUGUUCCGAAUCUGGGAUCCAACUCCAGGCUAUGGAUAACUCUCACGUUUCCUUAGUCUCCCUAACGCUGAAAUCAGAUGGAUUCGACAAAUACAGAUGUGAUAGAAACCUUACAAUGGGCAUGAACUUGGGAAGCAUGUCAAAGAUCUUCAAAUGCUCCAGUAAUGAUGACACAGUAACAAUCAAAGCUCAAGAUGAUGCCGACAUAGUAACGUUUAUGUUUGAAGCCAAAAAGCAGGACAAGAUCUCAGAUUACGAAAUGAAACUGAUGAAUUUGGACCAGGAGCAUUUGGGUAUCCCAGAAACAGAUUUCUCUUGUGUCAUCAGGAUGCCUGCAGCUGAAUUCGCAAGAAUAGUCAAAGAUCUUUCACAGUUUGGAGAAUCUAUCGUAAUCUCAUGCACAAAAGAGGGUGUUAGGUUCUCAACUUCUGGAGAUAUUGGCAGUGCUAACAUCAAAAUUGCCCAGACAAGUAAUUUCGAAAAGGAAGAGGAAUCUGUAAGCAUAGAAAUGCAAGAACCAGUUACUCUUACUUUCGCUUGUCAGUAUUUGAAUUCCUUCACCAAAGCCACACCUCUUACUAACGUUGUGCAGCUAUCGAUGUCUGACAAUGUACCUUUAGUAGUUGAAUAUCAAAUACCUGAUUUGGGCCAUUUGAGGUACUACUUAGCACCUAAAAUUGAAGAAGAUGAAAAUUAAGAUCUCUCUAGUUUUCUUUUUACUAUUUUUAAGGGCCUUAAUCUAUUUUAGUUUUAAUUAUGUUCUUGUACACUUUCUUAUUUGUAUAAAAUAAGUAGAUAAUCCAGCAGAUAAUUUAAGAAUAAAUAAGAACUUUUUUUACAA